UCAGCGUUCUGCUGCCGAUGCCGAUGCCGAUGCCGAUGCUAGCGGCACGCGCAGACGGCCCUGAUUGAUGCACACACGUGAUUGAUUGAUUUCUGUCCGGCUGUCUGUCUGGCUGGCUGUCUGGUUGAGUGAAUGAAUGUAUACCGUGUUGUCGUUCUUGUAGACGUCGUCGAUCCAGUUCAUCAGGUGGCCCACUCGCCCACUGUGUUUUCGCUCACCAUCGUAGUACUGAAGCACGACCUGAGACACCGUCUUCCCACGCAGAGAAGCCAAAUUCCUCCCGUCAAACGCCAUCUGUAUCACACACCCGAACGAAAAGAGAGAGACAGACCAGUGAGUGGAUGGGGUGGAGGUGUGCUCGCUACACCUCGCUGCACUGACCUCCUCAACGACCUCAAGGGCAGCGUGUGCCUUCUGCUUCUUUAGGGCCGCCACCAGGUCCACAUGCGACAGCAUGUGGAGCUUGUCGACGUACUCACUGCUCCCCCCUCCACGUUCAUCACCCUCCCCGUCGGCCACCAAGUCUACCACCUCACCCUGCUGAUGCCCGACACCGCUCGCACCUUCCGGCCCACGCCCAUCCCGUGUUUUUGCCCCGGACGCACCCGUCUCUACCUUGACCCGAGACGCACCCUGCACCCUCUCGGCGGAUGCUACUGCUACUGCCGCUGCUGCUGCUGCUGCUGGAGGGUCAUGUUGCCCACCCAUCUGCUCCUGCUUGAUGGUGGUUCCGCCCUGACGGCUGUGCUGGUUGUAGUCGGCUGGUGGUGUGUCGGCGAGCUCCGUCUUGACGACAGCACUGGGUGCAGGAGGUGGCUGUGGCUGUGUCUGUGGCUGUGGGUGCCCCUCACCGUCCCUCUCCCCGGCAGCUCCCACCGCUGGCCGCUCCUCAUGCUGCUGGUCCUGGUGCAUAGGGUGGUUCUCUUGCUGCGGUGGCUGGUCCACUGUCAGUGGUGGCUGCGGCGAUGGGGCCUCAGCCAUCGCUGAGUUGCCAUGAGAUGCGGGGACUGUGGCGGCGAGAGGGCGGGGAGGCAGAGGUGGAACUGGUGGCGGCGGGGGAGGCGGCGCAGCCAU